AUGUCGAGCACCAGACCUUUUUUGACUGGGAGAUCCGCUGCACCCUGGCCCUGCAGUCAGGAUUGGACGAACUACGGAAAGGCAAACGCGCUUUUGCAAUUCCAACGCGGAAAUCGUGUUGAACAACAUCAGACGGAAAGCACACGCGUCGAACAAUAUCACCAGCCAACAACCGCUCCUGGCAUUAAAAAUCAGAUGCAAGAAGAACACCAGCAGGCACUGCACCACCUCGAGCUGCAACAGCAGCAACGUCCAACACAUGUUGGCGCGUAUUACGUCGGAGGAGGUAGUAGUGUGCCAUAUAAUUACAACAACGGAGGAGGAGCACCACCUCCACCUGCUGGUGCGCCAACUACAUCAUCUUCGCACGACGUUCUAUACCAAGCGCUUCAAUUUCAACAACACAUCGCACAGCCCCCACCAGCCCUGGUCGUGCGCAACAAGCCGUCCUGGACU